GGAAAUCGGAAACUGUGUUUAUCAACUUCCCGUUAUAACCAAUCACAGGUGAUAAUGCUCGAAUGACUUACAUUCAUUACGUAGCCCGGUGUUUUGCCUCUGAACUAUGUAAUGUUAAAUUCAUACCAAUUGGAUAAGAUAAUGAUUAAUUAUAGUACAGUGUUAUCACACGAUGAUACUUCGUGUUAAUGUUUGGAAAGAGAAUCAAAACAGUGAGGAAAUGUCUCUUCAAGAUGAUCAACCCAAAAAUCAUACAAUGGACGAAAGAAAAUUUCCAGAGGACGAAGAGGUGCGUGUUAAAGUGUUCCAAAGCAGGGAGUCAGUGUUGACGGAACUUUUUAGAAAUAAACACAUUCUCGCCAUAUACCGUAUGUUUGUGGCACUAAUCGUAGGCACCUGCAUUAACACUCUCCUGCAUGACUACUUUUACAACGAACAAAUAGGCACCGGUUACCGUUUAAUCAUUAAGGUCUUUCGGAAUUUCCACGCCUUCGUAAUCGCAUGGAUCUUCGCGUUUUCAAUUACCCUGUGCGUCUAUCCUGCGUUUCAGGUGUGGGGAGCAGUAAGGCUGCAUUUACUUUCCAAAUCCAACCACUUACUGCUGUGGGAUAAACUGUGGAUGGUGAUUUACUUGCUGUAUGCUACUACGAUAUUGUACUGUUCCGUAUGGGCAACCUUCAGAUAUGAUUUCGGAUACGCGCUUGGUGGUGCGACAGGCUGUGAGACAACGAGGUUGAUAAUGAAAUCAUAUGCUUUCAUAAGAACAUGUGCACCUGACAUCGUGAAGCACGUCAAGGUGAAGAGUUCUCGAAAUUUUUCACACUAUGUCUAUUUUCUGUUCGCGCCAACUUUGCUGUAUAGGGAUUCCUAUCCAAGAUCAAAGGGAAGCAUAAGGUGGCACCUUGUCAUUAACUACUUCAUCGAACUUAUAGCGGCGAUAGUACUUUGCAGCUUCGUCUACCAAACCACGUACAUUUCUCAGCUAGAAGACUUCGGUUUGAGACCUUACCGAUUGGCUGACAUAGGAAUGAUAGUACUUAGAAACGCUCCAUACGCAAUGCUGACCAGUCUGUUGCUGUUUUACCUAUUGCUCCACCUUUGGUCGAACGCGUUCGCGGAAAUGCUCCACUUUUCCGACAGGUUAUUCUACCAGGAUUGGUGGACGUCGACCUCCUUCGAGAGGUACUACAGAACGUGGAAUGGUAUAGUGUACGAUUGGUUGUAUAAGUAUAUCUACAGGGACUUUUAUGAGGUUGUGCUUCCCGGAAACAAGACGGCAGCGAAGAUUGUGGUGAUCUUCAUUUCGGCACUGUUUCACGACUAUAUUUCCGCAAAUGCUAUCGGCUUCUUUUUGCCGACCUUCGUAAUUCAAUUCUUUGUUCUGGGCUCGAUAAUGGCCCAAGUGAAGUUUUCAAACCGCACAGUUGGUAACGUGGUCUUAUGGUACAGUUUAGCCGUCGGUGCUAGUUGUAUGUACACAAUUAACGGUUUGGAAUAUUAUUGUCGGUUAAAUUAUGUUAAGGAGAAUUUGACUGUUUAUAAUUUUUUUGUUCCUACAUUGUUCCAGUGUGACAUUACUUUUUAAGACGCAUCAACGUGAUUUUGUUUUUACUUUGUUUUCCGAAAGCGAUAAGGGUUCCGACGAUUAUUCGUCGACUGACUCAAUACAUUUUAGUCCAUUACGAACGCCACGGAUAAAUGGCAGAACUCGGGAUCGAUUGGCCACGAAAAGUAUUUUGAGAGCUGAAAUGGUCUGCUGUUUACAGAACCAAAAUUUAAGACCUAAUUCUCAUGCCUCAACUGACAGUUGCUAAAACUCCCUUUUUUAGGGUAAAUUGUUAAAUCUAAGCUGCCGUAAGUUUCGCAACUAAGCAGUGGUCAUGGAGUCCAAGAUUAAAAUAUAAGCGAAACAUAAUAAAUUUACGCUACGCAAGUUUGGGAUUUAUAAAAGCUAAGUGGAAAUUAUUAUGUACUCAAUUUAAUUAAUUAAUGCUAAAUAAAAAUAAAUUACCUUGUU